AUGAGCGGUGCACCAGGCUCUGGUCCUGGUUCCGGCACAGGCGCAGGCUCUGGUCUUCCAGCUUCCCCUUACCCAGUCCCAAGCUCGGCCACCGCUACCAUCUAUCGCACGCGCAGGUCCUCUUACGCCUCUGUCCUGUCGCGCCAGCCCGGACAAGCUGAGCACGAGCAGGACGAACACUUCCCAUCGUCUCCGUUCCGUCCAAGCUUAAACGCCUCGUCCAGCCCCAGCGUUCCCGGUACAAGCAAUUCCCGCAAUCCAGAGUCUGCCAUCCUGGACACCACCACGAUGCAGCAGACCAACGGUAGCGGUGCUGGCGCAAGCAUAAGCAGUUGGCGGAGGUCGAAUCCAAACCUCUCCUUCCAGCAGCAGAACCUGGGCCACGGCAACCUCCCUUCGUACUCGAAGCAAUUCGAGAAACUCCUCGACCAGACGGACCUGCACUCUCUCCCUUACGGAAUUAACCAUCCACUCCAUCAUAACACAGAAGACUCGUCCUUCUUCACCCCUUCGUACCUCCGGUCCUCCAAAUACGUGGCUCAGCUGUACGCAGCUCAUAAAUCCAAACUCUCGUCCCAGCGUGAUGCACAGACACAGUCGCAAAGCCAACAGACGCCUACCUCCGGGUCAUCAGCACAGCACCAUGGCCUACCAUCUUCGACCUCCUCGCUCUCUCUAUCUGCAUCAUCAAGUCAGCUCAAUCUACACCGUAUGGCUCCCUCACACAGGGGAAUGACGUAUGAUAUUGUUGAGAGUCACGGUCCAGGCGCUGAAUCGACCGCACUGGCAGAGGGACAGGCACUCAUCCCGCUGCCUGCACGCUGGAACGAGAGUGACAAGUACGGUGGUCUGGACUUGCUGGCAGACGGGUUGGAGGUGCGGUACAUUGGCCAUGUUCAUAAACAGGAACACGAGGCGGCAGCCGUAAGAGCCGACCAGCCCAUGCCGGUAAAAUGCGGUAUAUACUACUUUGAAGUUACCAUUUUAGCCAAACCGAAGGAUGGUAUGAUUGGUGUGGGCUUCUCAAACAACAAGGCGUCCUUAGAGAGACUUCCAGGCUGGGAACAGGAAUCUUGGGCUUACCAUGGUGACGACGGCAAGACUUUUUUCGGUGACAAUCAGGGACAGGGGAGACCAUAUGGCCCUACCUUUACUGUCAAUGACACGAUUGGCAUGAUGGCGAACGAAAAGUACGAUGUUCAGCGGAGCAUCCAGAUGACGGAAUUGUCCACCUUGCAUCCUACGCUAGACGAAACGGAGUUUAUGCAGAAACUCGUUGCCCAAUUUCUUGCGCAUGAUGGAUAUGUAGAGACCGCCAAAGUAUUUGCCAAAGAAGUGCAAUAUGAGAAGCGCGCUUUACAGAACUCCAAAGACGUCCCAUCCUUGAAAGGGCUAGAGCUCGAGGAUGACAUAGAUGCUGUUAACAGGCAGAAAAUCCGAGCAGCAAUAUUAGAAGGUGAUAUUGACAAGGCUCUCAAGCUCACAAAUGUGCACUACGCCAACGUCCUGGGUGACAACCCCCACAUCCACUUCCGGCUACGAUGCAGAAAGUUCAUCGAGAUGAUGCGUCGCUGCACCGAGCCCCAACCUAUCGCCACCAAUUCCUCGAACGGCUUAGUUACUGGCCCAGCCAAAACAACACCGGACGUCUUCAACCUUGAUAUGGAAGUAGACGACCAAAUGACAGGCAUGCAACCCGAAGUAGAGGCCGAGGCCAACGAAGCUAUCGCUACAGGUGACAUGAUGGACACUGACGGAAACAAUAUCAAUGAUGCCGUGACAACUACGAAGGACCAAGACCUUCUGCACGAGGCUAUCCUCUACGGUCAACAGCUGCAGGCUGACUACCCCGGAGACGAAAAGAAGGAACAUAAAAAGACAUUAGACGACAUCUUUUCACUAGUAGCUUACGCGGAUCCCAAGUCGUCGGUCCACGGCCACUUGUUAGAUCCAAGCGGUCGGGUUGGAGUCGCAGAGGAGCUGAAUUCUGCUAUCCUAGGUAACGUCCACCCCCACCCUCCACUUGGAAGUAUCAACCACAUUAGAUGUAUCGACUAA